AGGAUCAUAUGGUUCAAUUCCACCUCGAGAAGAAUGGAAACUUAGUGGUCCAAAUGCAGCUUAUGUAUAUUAUUGUGAUAACGAAACCGUUAAUGGAGUAGAAUUUAAUUAUGUUCCUGAAAUUGAACCUUCUGUACCAUUAGUUUGUGACAUGUCUUCAAAUAUUCUUUCACGUAAAGUGGAUAUUUCAAAAUUUGGUUUAAUUUAUGCGGGAGCACAGAAAAAUAUUGGACCGGCAGGUGUGACAAUCGUAAUAGUUCGAGAAGAUUUAUUGACCAGAUUAGAAAUUUCGGAUUCUAAAUUACCAGCAAUUCCAUCAAUGUUAGAUUAUAAAGUUAUGGCAGAAAAUAAUUCACUUUAUAAUACACCACCAAUGUUUUCAAUUUAUGUAGCAAGUUUGGUGUUUGAAUGGUUGUUAGAAAAUGGUGGAAUUGAGGAAAUUGAAAAGAUCAAUUCUAUUAAAGCUGCCAAAUUAUAUGAUUGUAUUAAUAAAUCAAAAAUAUACAAGUCACCUGUUGAAGAGAGUGUAAGAUCAAGGAUGAAUGUACCAUUUAGAAUUCAACCAGAAGAAUUGGAAAAGGAAUUUUUAAAAGGAGCAGAUGAGUUGGGGAUGUUACAAUUAAAGGGACAUCGAAGUGUUGGUGGAAUCAGAGCUAGUAUUUAUAAUGCAGUUCCUUUAGAGGCUGUUGAAACAUUGAUUCAAUAUAUGCAAGAAUUCGAACGAAAACAUUCUCAAUGA